AGAUGGACUCCCUCGGCAGCUUCUUCAAGAAAUAAGCGCCUAACUUCACUUUCCACCGCCGCAUGACUCGCUUCUACCUGUGUUAUUUGCUUUGUCCUGUCGGGUUGCUGUUGCCUAGGCAUUUUAGAAUGAUUAGGUCGUUUAUGGUUUUCCUUUGGGCUGUUCUCAUAUUCUCCUUAUGUGGAUAUGCGUAUUAUGAUUAUUAUGACACCGACGCUGUUUCAAUACAGAUUCAAUGAAUGCUAUCGUUACAAGAUACGAAAGAUGCUGUUUUGAAUAAGUAAGACUACGUAGUGAAGUGGUGAGAGCGAUCCGCUGACAUGGAUCCGCCCAGCCGUGAUUGAUGGAGUGCUCUAAUCAAUCGUCUGGGCGUCUCCUGAUAAUUCUCCAGUGCCGGGUGAUGCAAUAUGCAUUUGUUUUCUGAGGACCAGUCAUGGGAGCAUGUCACGGGAGGCGGAAACCCAGCCCCUACCUUACACCAUGACCGAGUACUAGACGAGUAGUACGGUCUACCGUGGACCAAUCUCGACUAUCUAACAAAAACAUUUCCAGAUUAUCAGAUUUUAAGAAAAGUCGGAAGAUGUUGAGAUAGAGCGCGGAUUCUCUUGGAUAAACACGUAAAAUCCCUCCUACCCAAAGAAACCUUUCCGACAGGCUCCGAAGCACCUUUUUCUGAGUGUAGAAAUCUCAAGGUCUAGACGAGAAAAAUUGGACUUCUAAGCCCUCCUGAGAGUGGUAUUUGCUAGCUCAGGCGCAGCCCUAAGUCCCCCUACCUCCGAAGUAACCCUUUAAGAGCCACGCAAUGUACGAAGCAUAGAACGGGGAUCUUGCAAACUACCUUCACAUGGAGCAUCUAAUAAAAGAUCUGUUAGUACUGGAGUGGCAGGCUAGGAUGUACUGUAGUGACUUUCUGGAGGUUCGCUUUGGGGUGAGCUCGUGACAACCUACUGAACAGCCUCUUCAUCUAUUACGGAGCCUCUUUAGUAACAAAUAUCAUCACUACCACUAUGCAUUAGUCUAUCAAUAGUUUAAUAGAAAGUUGUUCCGUCUUGGAACCAUUUAAAUCCGAAAUUCCUCUACAACUUUAGCAAUUUUAUCUACCGCACCCCUUUCGUGGAAUCUAGGAUUCAGAUAGUUCCAAGAAGGGAUGCUUUCUAUUAAACCAUUACUGUAUUAAUGCAUAGUAAUAAGGAUCAUACUUGUUAAUUAAGAGGUCCCGUAGUAGGUAAAGAGGUUGUUCAGUAGGCUGUCAUGAGCUGAUGGAUUCUUCGGCAUUUAGGGUAUAUUCGGACAAAUCGGGCUAAAUAUGUGCCUCAGGCAUCAGCGCCAAGCCCGCAUCAAAAGUUCAAGCCGAAGAAACAGUCUCCUGCGAGAAAAGCUGCUGAACAUUCAGUCAAGUCAAUUUCCACUCCACGACAUCAUGAUUGUGCGACAAUUAUAUGCGCGGCAGGGCCGUCAGCUUCUCUCAAUCAACCGCCGAGCCUACAUCUUGAAAAGGCUUCAGUCGACCGAGACGCAGACACCAACGACGACAGUCGAGACAGCAGUCCAGGACCAAAGUGAAGAACCCGUCAUUCCAGUCCCUACCGAAUCCGCGCUCGAUGCCAGCACAGCCUCCGAGUCAAUAAGACUCGCUGCAGUCGAGGCAUUCUCGAGGCAGAGGGAUCAGGUAAAGCACUUUAAGAAACUCGGAAGUGUCGUCAGAGACAAGUAUUGGCCCGAUGCCCUCAUCGAAGACCCCCCUUUACCCUCCGAAAUCACCCUCGAACUCCUCCUCGCCAACCAAACCCACCUCGGCCACACAACCUCUCGCUGGAACCCAUCCAACUCGCAAUACAUCUUCGGUAUCCGUGACGGCAUCCAUAUCAUAUCCCUCGAAUUAACAGCUGCCUACCUCCGACGCGCCGCUAAAGUCGUCGAGGAAGUCGCCGCGCGCGGUGGUCUGAUCCUCUUCGUCGGCACCCGAGAUGGCCAGAAACACGCCAUUGUCCGCGCCGCAGAACUUGCUGGGGGCUACCACGUCUUUGACCGAUGGAUUCCCGGAUCGCUGACCAACGGCGAACAGAUCCUGGGCACAUGCGCUCGAAAGUUCGUCAACGGGCUGGACGAAGAACUCCCCGGGUUGGCGGAACACCUGGAAAAACGAGGCUCCCUUAAGCCCGAUCUCGUCGUUUGCAUCAACCCACUAGAGAACGCAGUUCUUCUACACGAGUGCGGAUUAAACAACGUACCGACGAUCGGAGUUAUCGAUACGGACGCCGACACCACAAGGGUGACAUACCCGAUCCCCGCAAACGACGACAGUCUGCGUUCCGUGGGCCUUAUCGCGGGUGUCUUGGGCAGAGCUGGCGAGGCUGGUCAGCGGAGACGGGUUGAGUCGGCGAAGCGCGGUGUGUUGGGGUACCGUCCGGUUUCACUUACAGCCGAAGAGCUGAAUGAUCAAACUGUAACAAGUGAUGGAAGUGAGGAUUUAGAAACACCUGCGGAAGGUGCAGGUUUUUCUUUCAACAGUGUUGGUAAACAGGGAAGGGGGCUGUGAGCAAGCUGCACACUUUUUUUCUUUGGUUUGUUAAGCUUUUUAAACCUGGGAUUGUAUGUAUAGAUAUUGUAUGGUCAUUGUAUUAACAGAAUAUAUUGUUCUUUUCAAUCACAAGAACAGUCGCGUAUCUAUGAGAUAUAGCCAGCCUUCGUCUGUCAACUAGAUUUUUUUUUAACUGUAAACGUCACUAGCAGCUAAAGUGAUAUGGAACUGGCAUGUCAAUGUCCGCAUAACCGACUAGAAUGAGGGGCGCCAAAGGUCUAGGAUGAACUUUUCCUCGUCAUCG